GCCUUUAAAAAAAAAAAAAAAAAAAAAAAAAAAAGAGAGAACAAAAACAACCAGCGCAAUAGAGCACGAAGAAUCGGACAUCAAAGAGGUCAUGGGAAAAGAGCAGCAGCAUUGGCUCUUGAAGACGGAGCCAGGUGAGUGGUCGUGGGAGGACCAAACAGCCAAUGGAGGCAUAACAAAGUGGGACGGCGUCAAGAACAAGCAGGCGCAGAAAAACCUCAAGUCCAUGAAACUCAACGAUCUCUGCUUCUUCUACCACUCAGGCGCUAGGGCUCGCCGUGUCGUGGGCGUUGUCUCUGUCAUCCGCGAAUGGUAUUUAGAUGAAGACAGCGGAGACGGCGCUGUGGAUGUGAAGGAGGUAGGAGAGAUGAGGAAGCUGGUGGACUUGAAGGAGAUGAAGGGGGAUGAUGGACUCAAAGAGUUUGCUCUGUUUAAGCAGCCAAGGCUAUCUGUUGUUCCGGUUCCGAAGAAUGUGUGGGAUAGGAUCUGUAGUUUGGGAAAUGGGUAUUAUGGAAAUGCUGACGCUUUUGAUGAUGGAGAUGACAACGAUAAGGAGGAGGAAAACGACUAGUUUGAUGAUGUAAUGCGUGGUAGAUGUUUGUAGAUAUGUCUAUGUAUCCUAAUAACCCGAUCUUUUUGAACAGUAAUCACUAGUAGUGAAGCAGAACAUAGGUUCUGUGUAAUUCACCUUUUUGUUUUGUUUGGGAGAAAGAAAGGGUACGAUUAACAAGCUUCAAAAAGUAAAUAUGAACUACAUAUUUUGACCCAGCUGCUAUCUGUUUUUAUUGCUUUGUUUACCCAACUUAUGUUAUAUAUUUUAGCAAUUAUUGGA